AGCGAGCUGAAUGGGGAAACACAUUUGUGUGUCUCGCCGUUUAAUCUAAUGGGGGUAAGAGAGACAGAGGCAAGCGAAAACAGUUGUCCGCGUAAAUUAAUUGCAGAUCGAGGAGGGGGGUAAAAAAAAAUACCCCUGUGUUUUAAAGCGGCCCGACUGGUUUAUGUGGUUUUUUUGUAACUAGCCGCGGCGGCAUCGUGUGUUGCUGCUGUAUCUGCAACCCGAAGAGAGAGGGAUGCGAGGACUUGGAAGGAGAUAAAUACAACGGAUUCAUCUAUUUUAUUUUAUUUUUUCUUCUUGUCACUGUGGGGUUUGUGUUCAGACUUACUUGAAUAUGGAUUUCUUUGCGGUUUUUUGAGGGGGUUAGCUCUCGUACGUGUAAAAAAAUGGGGAUAAUAUGCAGAUAGGGCGUUUUUUAAAUAAAAAGUCCACCUUUUUUCUGCCGUGGACAGUCGGCUAGCGUUAGCGACCUGGCAGGUCUGCAGUGUCCGUGUAUCGCUGUGGAGUUGUUUUAUUAGCCGAGGUUUUUGGUCGUUUUCAUCGCUUUUUUGAACUCGCCUUUGAUAUCGGAUGAAAUCUCGUCUAUGUCAUCCAUCCCGGUGUUGUUAGGGGCCUCUGCUGGCAAACUGCGUCACCGAGUGGGCACUGCAGGUACUCAUCUUUAAAUCUGCAUGUUGGGAAGUCUGGCCAUGGCACGAAUGACCUGGAAACCAAAGUGACUGAACUUCUAAAUCACCAUGGAGCCGGACGCGAGUUCAAACUCCGAGCCCCACCAAGAACCGAAAUAUCCAUCUGUAACCAACUCUCAGUGUGAACUGGGCGUGAAUAUGUACGAGGCCAUGGGUGAUGGAAAUGUCAAUCUGGUGGACCCAGUAGUGAGAGGUGGGAGUGACCCCAGUGCAUGUUCUUCCUCCAGCUAUCAGAGGAUUGUGCAUCAGAGAUUCAUCAGGAGAAGUCUGUGGUUCUCGGACACAGAUGAGCAGGCCUACGAAGCACCUGAAUGUGAUAACAGGAGUAAGAUCCUGAACAUAAACCUGCGGACAAUAGUGGACAGGACACGGGGGACUAGUGGCGGGAUACAGGAAGGUUCCAGCACUGAAAGUCAAGGUGGGCAAAAAGAAAGUGCAACGGAGAGCGCCAGUGCCGAUGAGGAGAAGGAGAAAGGUGGAGAUGCGUUAAAUCUCACGUGCAACGAUGCUGGUAAAAUGGCUAUCAAGGCAGCCAGUGAGGAGAAUGAGGAGGAGGCAGAGAUGAAAGCAGUCUCCACAUCUCCGGGAGGAAGAUUUCUCAAAUUUGACAUAGAGCUGGGGAGAGGGUCCUUCAAGACGGUCUACAAGGGCCUGGACACUGAGACCUGGGUGGAAGUGGCCUGGUGUGAGCUUCAGGAUCGUAAGCUGUCAAAAGUGGAACGUCAGCGCUUUAAGGAGGAAGCAGAGAUGUUGAAGGGUCUUCAACAUCCCAACAUUGUUCGUUUCUAUGACUUUUGGGAGUCACCCGUUAAAGGGAAGAAGUGCAUUGUUUUAGUAACAGAGCUCAUGACGUCAGGAACACUAAAAACCUAUCUAAAGCGUUUCAAGGUAAUGAAGCCCAAGGUGCUGAGGAGCUGGUGCAGACAGAUCCUGAAAGGCCUUCACUUUCUCCACACCAGAACCCCUCCCAUCAUCCAUAGAGACCUCAAAUGUGAUAACAUCUUUAUCACUGGACCUACAGGCUCGGUCAAGAUAGGAGAUUUAGGACUGGCGACACUCAAGGCGGCUUCCUUUGCUAAGAGCGUCAUAGGUACCCCAGAGUUCAUGGCUCCAGAGAUGUAUGAAGAACACUACGAUGAGGCUGUGGAUGUCUACGCCUUCGGCAUGUGUAUGCUAGAGAUGGCCACCUCAGAAUACCCCUACUCUGAGUGUCAGAAUGCUGCUCAGAUAUACCGCAAAGUCACUAGUGGAGUGAAGCCGGCCAGCUACAACAAGGUCAUGGAUCCCGAAAUCAAGGAGAUUAUUGGGGAGUGUAUCUGCCAAAAGAAAGAGGAGCGGUACACAAUCAAGGACCUGUUGAACCAUGCUUUCUUUGCUGAGGACACGGGUGUGCGGGUGGAGCUAGCUGAGGAGGAUGAUGGUAAAAAGGCCUCAAUAGCCCUGAAACUGUGGGUGGAAGACCACAAGAAGUUAAAAGGGAAGUACAAGGAGAGUGGGGCCAUCGAGUUCACGUUUGACCUGGAAAAGGAGGUCCCUGAGGUUGUGGCGCAAGAGAUGGUGGAGUCUGGCUUCUUCCACGAGAGUGAUGCUAAGACGGUGGGAAAGUCGAUCAGGGACCGCGUGGCGCUGAUCAAAUGGAGAAGAGAGAGAACAGUGUCUGCUGCAGCUGCAGUGGAUCAAGGUGAAGGGGGCCACCGGGUCCAGAUGACACCAUCUCAGGGCAUCUCUGCUGGGGCUGCACAUGUAGGACAGCCUUUGCUGGAACCAGAAGAGCCAGAGGCAGACCAGCACAACAGGCUGCGUAACCUACCAGCCAGUGCCACUUCAGUGACAUCAGACAGCACACUCGACAGUGGCAUGGGCUCCACUGUGUACUCAGACUCCCACAGCAGCCAGCAGAGUGUCCUCUACCAGUCCCUGCUAGAGCCUAUUACUAUGGCAACACAGCAGUGCCAGAGCACUGGCCCUCUUCUGACAGAUCGACCUCACUCCUGUGGAAAGGGUGAAGUAUGGGGGGCAACGCUAAGCCCAGAGCUCAGGACUCGUUUGGGAGCUGCAGCCCGGAGAGGAAGUGCCCCUGUUAUUGACACUCAGAGGGCAAACCACAUUGCCCAUCUCCAUGCCCUCAUUCAGUCUCAGAGAUCAAUCAGUCCAACCCCCACAGUACCAGAGAACCAGUCAGAACUCAGCCCCUCUGGGCUUCACUCAGAGGCUAAGGAUGGGUCCCCCUCCCAGAAAACUCUGCCACUGCUGCAGGUCUCCCCUAUCUCUCCACCUUCUGAGUACCGCCGCCUCAGUGACACCAACAUCAGGCUGUCAUCAGAGGCCACCAAUGAGAACUUAACACUGCCUGUGCAAAGUGGACGCAGACACUCCGACCUUAGUAGUCUUCUGAGUCUAACCUCUCAUCAUAACCACCAUUUUGCAAUGCAUAGAAACCAUACAUGCCAGGCCUGCCUCUCUUUGCUUCUUCUAAGAUCACGAGAAGGGGGCCACAACCAUCCUUCUGUUGUCAGGCCAACGCACCUCUGCCCAUGUGACUUCAGACACCACCAGUCCUCAAUGCACACCCCUGGUUAUGGACGGCUGAAAUGUUCAAAUGAUUGUUCCGAUUUCUCACUGCUUCAGCAGUCCCUAAUCAAUAUAAUCAGCCGCAAAGCAGCCCCUUGUCACACCACACCCACCCAAGCCUCCCAGCUGCACUCCUCAGCUGCCCACAGGCCUGCCUGCAGUGAUGGAGACAGCAGCCUGAAGAGUCAUCUCCCGAGUGGCAGUUUGAUUGGGGGCCAAGAACCCCUCUGGGACUGCAAGGAUAGAUUCUGUGCCGGAGAACAGCAAGUUACCAGGGCUAUGGGAGUGGCCAGUUCGGCAGGUCACCAGAAUCAACCAUCUGUCCAGGGCCUGCCCUCUUCCAGCACAGCAGUACACACACCACUGCAGUACCUCCAGCCUGGACACAGCUUCCCUGCUCCUCCAUAUCAACACAGUGCUGCAGCACCAGCUCCAGCUAGUCUGUGUUCAGCUCACAUUCAGCAUACGGUCGGUGGUGCUAGCUACACACCUCCAAAUGUGCAACAGACCCAAGGUGCAGCAAGUAUUUCAGCAUCAGCUUUGCCACAACAUGUUGCACAGAGCUACCAAGCUCCAGGCCACCAACAGCAGCAGGCAACUGCAGCAAGCUCUUUGACUUUUCCUUUGAAAGUCCAACAGAGUUGUCAGAACUGUGCAGCCCAAACUCAACAACAGGCUCACACUGCAUCAGGAUAUCUACUUCAGUUCAACAGACUGACAGCAGCAGCAGCAACCACCCUGCCAGCACAGCAGCCAGCACAAAGUUUCCCCCUUGCAUCUGUAGCGCCGACUAUGGCAGCCACAGCCCAGUGUCAUCCUGCACAAGCUCCCAGUGCACUGCAACAGAUCCAAGCUGCAGUCAAUCUGCAAAGUCAGCAGCCUGGUCAGAGCUCCUCCACACCAGCACUUUAUAGCCAACAGAUACCUAUUCAGCAAGAGCACCAACAGCCCUUACUGCAAAAUACUCAGUCCAGUAUACAGCUAACACAACAUGCUGGGCAGGCUUAUAUUCAGCCUCAACUCCAGCCUAGUCAAGAAACUCUGCAUAGCAUACACCAACAAAUGGCACAACAGCCUACUCACCACUCUCAAAGUCUUCAGUCUACUGGUCAGCAACAAGUACACACCCCAACUCUGCAGAAGCACAGUCAGAAAACCAUGCAACCAGCAGUUCGACAACAGAGCCAGGAUGUGUCCCAGUCUACUAUUCAACAGGUUCAGACCCCACCUUGUCAGCCUCAUCCAACAGCAGCCCCAGUUGUGCAGGUUGCAGCCACACACCAGAGUUACUCUGCUGCAGGUCUACCUGAUGCUGCCUCUCAGAGCUAUGCACAUUCUGCCCUCAGUGUGCUGCAGCAACAAACGGCUUCAGCUCAGAGCCAGUACCUGCCUGCACAGUCUACAGCUGCUUCACAGGUCUAUGGAGGAGCUAACCAGGUAGUUACUCCUCAGAGCCUUCCAGCCUCUUCUCAGCAUAUCCAAGCUGCACAUAUCACCCAACAGAAUGUUCCUACUGGUCAAAACAUUUCACAGCUUGGACAAGAUGGACAGGGACAUGGGCAGAAUCUUAGCCAAUCAACUUCCAGUGUUGCAGCCCAGGCACUACCUCCUCAACAGUCGAUGGCUCAGGCUGUCCACCAACAACUCCAGCCUCUGCAGAUUGCAAACUCUCUACCGCCAACACACCCAUCCCAGUUUCCUUCACAGUAUCCCACAGUCCAGGUGAUGACAGCUGUGACUGACUGUGAAUCCUCCUACCCUCACUCCUGCACUGCCCCUCACCCUUCAACCUCCUCUUCUCUUAACCAUAUUUUCCUUUCUCCUGCUCACAAUGUUCCUGUGACCCCCUCUGUCUCCCCCCUUUCUCCUCUGCACAUUGAAAAUGCAUUAGUUUCACCCAUCCCAGUGUCCCUCAUGCCUUCCCCCUCACCUGUGCUGGGAAAGGUUGGACCCACAUCCCCACAGCACCAGCCCACCGCUGGUCUGCAGCAGAGUGUUAGAUCUGAAGUUUCUCAUUCACAGCCUGCAUUCAUAACAGCACUAACCACCCAUCCCAUACACGCACACGCUGCCCAGUCCCAGAACACACACCCUCCCACAAAUGGCAGCACUCAGCCACUGAUACAGCAGCUUCCCCAGCAGGCCCAAGUCAGCCAUCCUGAGCUUGUCCCUUCAGCUCAGCUCGCCCAACCUGCAGUCUUCUCCUCACCUGUGCACAGUGGGUCAGACCCGGGCACAGCUACCGCUGCUGCCCAGCUGGAUAGCAAGAACCCAUGCCAGCUGCCCCCACAAGCCCAGUGCCAGACUCAGGUUCAGAGCCAGAUUCCUGUGCUGCAGCCCUCUGACUCUCAGCGAGCAUCAUCUGGGUCUGCCAGUUCCAGUCUGACUCAGCAGAAACAGCUCUGUACUCUCACUGGAGCUGCAGGUCAGGGUCCAACAGAGAACAGCACGGAGGAUCAAGCUGCAGAAAAACACACUGGAGGACAGAGCUAUGACAGUGUCAACUCUGAUGCCACGUCAGGGAAGGAGAUGAGUGACGGUUACGAAGGGACACAUGGAGGUAAAGGCGAAGGGAAAGUUCGCAAACACCACCGGAGGUCCACGCGCACUCGUUCUCGGCAAGAGAAGAUUAGCAGGCCAAAACUCAACAUGCUCAAUGUGUGUAACACUGGCGAUAAGAUGGUAGAGUGUCAGUUAGAAACUCAUAACCAUAAAAUGGUCACUUUCAAGUUUGACCUGGAUGGAGAUGCACCAGAGGAGAUUGCUACAUACAUGGUGGAGAAUGAUUUCAUUCUUCCUUUAGAAAAAGAAGUGUUCAUCGAGCAGCUGAAGGACAUUGUGGACAAGGCUGAGGACAUGCUGAGUGAGGACACUGAGGGUGAGAGGAACUCUGACCAGGGAAGCAGUCCCAAACAGAGUGAAGGAGGUGGCACACUGGGAGCAGAGGGAUUGAAGGCUUCCGCACCCAGCACCCCACAGCUGGUGUACCAGCAAAAUGUCCUCCACACUGGAAAGCGCUGGUUUAUCAUCUGCCCUGUGGCUGAGACGCCUAUGUUAGACAAAGAGAAGACUACAUCUCACACCUCUACAGCCCAGGAAUCUGAAAAGUCUGCUUCAUCAUUAAUCAGGCCCAUCAGCCACGCAGCCGCAUCUUUAUCCUCCCAAAGUCCGUCCUCCUCCUCCUCCUCUGUGCCCCCUGCAGCUCAGACCUCUGUGCAACCUCAAGACCAAAACAUUGACCAAGCCCGGAUCCAGCAGCCUCAGCCCUGUGUUACUAAACAUGCCCUUGGUGCUGCUGGUGCCAGCCAUCCCAACUCUCUUCCUGUGGUGGAGCCUUGCAUCUCUGCUGUCUCUAUGGUAACAGACAUGCCAUGCUGCGCUAUUGUGCCACCUGUCUCUCUGGAUGUGAAUGCUAUUGAUAAAGGAGCAGCUGGUGGUUUGACCACCUCUCAAACUAAUCAGCCAAAUCAGAAGUCCAGUCCUACUGGAGAACUACCCCCUCAGCUGGCCUCCCAUCAGUCUGUGGUUCUGCAGCAACCCUAUGCCACGCCCAUGCAGCCUGGGACAGUCACCUCCCAGCCCCAGAGUCCAGCACAUCAGACCCCCCAGAACUCCCAGUCCUCAAGCCACCAGCAGCCAGUGAGUGGGGGGCCAGGAGAGUCGGACAGCGAAGGGCCACGCAGGGUAGAGUUUGUUGACCGCACCAUCAAGACUUUGGAUGAGAAGCUGAGAAACCUGUUGUACCAGGAGCAUGCUCCCUCCCAACCUUCCAGCGCUGCAUCCGACCCCCAGGCCUCCAGUACAGAGGGAGUCAGCUCACCCCCAGUCUCAGAUGGCCAGAGUACUGAGGGAGCACUUACAAAGAAGAAAGCGGAACCACUGCCUCAGAUUCCUGAACGCACAGAUAGUGUGGGUGCACUAAGUGACUCUGCAGUGGCAGCCACUAACAGGGUCUUGAACAGACGAGAUGUGACCACCAGCUCCAGUUCAUAUAGCUCCAAAAGCCGUUUUCAGAUCAUCCCCACUCCACCAGAUGUUAUUUGUCGUUUAGAGAAAAGCAAGACAAGCGGUAGCACCUGCAGUUCCCCAGCACCCUCUAGUGGUUCUGGAGGGUCUCACAGCCAGACCAAGGGCAAAGGGAGCAAAGAGAAGGGCUCUGUGGCUGUGGAAAGGUCCUCUGAGACAACUGCAGCUGAUAAUGAGAGCGCAGGAACAUCUAAACCCCACAGUAGCAACCGUUACUCUGCCCCACCAAACUUCUACCAGGCAACCCCCACUUCCAGUCCUGAUCUCACCCCAAGCCAUAUCCCCCGGGCCCAGACCAUAGACACUCCGACCCAUCGCCACUACCACCACUCCUCUCACCUCUACUCUGACUCAGCAGAUGAGGACAGCAGCAGUGUAGCCCUUCCUCCUGCCCACCCUGCUCCCCCAGCGCAUGCCCUGUCUGAGCACAGUGGAAGCGAUCUCAUGAAAAGGGCAGUGGCCUUCCUGCGGCGCUCUGGUCGGAGUAAAAGUGAGCAGAGUUCUGAUUCACCGAGCCGACAGCCUGUGGCAAUGAAUGGUCACGCUCCCUCGCCUUCUGCAGGACAUGCCCAUUCAUCCUACAUCAGCAGUGACAAUGACUCCGAGUUUGAGGAUGCAGACAUGAGGAAAGAACUACAGAAACUGAGAGAAAAACACAUGAAGGAGAUCUCUGAGCUGCAGGCAUUCCAGAGGAAUGAGAUUGAGCAUCUGUACAAGGAGCUGGGUAAAACACUGCCCCCCAAUGUUGGUCUGCUUCACGCCGCACCCCCAAGUGGCCGCAGGCGUAGGGCCAGCAAACACAAGCUGAAGGCUGGAAAACUGCUCAAUCCGAUGGUGCAGCAGCUAAAAAACAAUCUAAACACCUCCACAGAGAGAAAAGGUGAAAGUGCUGCCAGUUCAUCCGGCUCCCCGGCUAAAAGUUCAGUUCUGUCAGAUGGUUCUGCCCACUCCAGUGGCAGCUCCAGCUCCAGCAAUCAGCCCAGCAACGCCCCAGAGCAGGUCCACACCCAGCAACCCUGUUCCUUGAAGGGCUCUUUCUCCUCAGACAAUAUCUACGCUGGGCUACACGGUGAUGGAAUGGCCAACCAAGCUGGCCCUGGCCAAGGCUGGACGGUUUACCACCAAACGUCAGAGAGAGUCACCUAUAAAUCUAGUAGCAAACCACGCACUAGAUUCCUCAGUGGACCUGUGUCUCUGUCCAUCUGGUCCACUCUGAAACGACUAUGUCUAGGCAAAGAGCGCAGUAGUAGGUCUUCUCUCAACACCACCACAGCUCAGACAGCCGCCAGUCAGACACAGCCGUCACUCACCACAGCCACGCCCUCACCAUCUCCUCAGCCAAUCACACGGCUCGCUCAGGUCCAGACCAACAACAGCAACAACAAGAGAGGCACAUUUACUGAUGAUCUUCACAAACUGGUAGACGACUGGACCAAGGAGACUGUUGCGGCAGCCAAUCAACCACGCCCCUCACUGAACCAGAUCAAACAGCAGAGACGCAAGCAGGACCUAGAGGGCAAAGCGCCACCCAUGGGAGCAGCUGCGCGCGAGAUGAAAUGCCAUAUUGGUCCAAGCAAGUUCCAGCUGCCUCUUUCCUGCCCCCUGACUGCUGCUUUAGGCCCUGGUAUGCCCACAACCCUAGCUCCCAACUCCUCAGCAAUGCUCCCUCCUGGGUAUCUUUUGCCAGCAGGCUCCUAUGGCGGGAUGGUUCCUGGUCCUCUUUACCCCCAGCAGUGGCCUGGCAUGCCUAGUCCUGUAGGGUCCGUGGGUCCCGUAGGCCUGCUUGGUGCUGCAAGAAUGAUGCCCUAUGCCACAAUGGCAAACCCAGGGAUCAAAGCCUACCCUACCAUGGUCAUGCAUGACCCAGAGAGUGGGCCCUGUCCGAAAACUACUAGGACUACCUAAUCUGCUUACUUAAAUGUGUUGGUGUGUAUGGUUUACCAGAGCCACCCAUGUACAUAAUCGGAUCUUGUAAAUAACAUGAUGCGAGUGUUGAUAUUCUUUGUACAACACCUAUAUCUGUAGUUAAUUGUGUGUAUGUGUGUGUAUGUGCAUAUGUGUGUAUACUAUACAGUACAUGUUAAGUAUGUAUGUCUAAAUACCUAAUGCUUUUUGGCUUUGGUCUUGACUAAAACUCAGCCAUACAAGACAGCGGUCACGAAAAACGAAUUUCACUUUAUUCUUUAUUACUGCAGUUUUCACAUUGAUUUAGCCUUUCUCUGUGUUAUGUACACGUUAAACACUACAUUGGAAUCCAAAUACCAGUGGUUUGAGAUACAUAAACAGGACAGUAUUUAUGAUAAAGAUAUUUGAAGAAAUGUAGUGCCUUGAACAUGGAUUUAUAGAUUUCUUUUCCUUCUGUGAAACAAAGCAUGUCUGCAUCCAAGUUAUUUUAUUUGAUGGUAGCUUGAGUGCAGUCUCUUUUUUUAAUGCAUUACAGACACUUUUGUUUUUGGUUUACAUAUGAAUGCCCUUGUAGUACUGCACUAUUAACACAGUAUAUGCUCUUAUUUAAAUAAUAAAAUCAUGUUUUAACCCUUGUUUACUUUCCACCCCUGUGACAGAUGGAAUGCCAUAGUGGUGAGAUGUACCGUUGCCUUGCAGAAACAAAUGGUUAAUGUACGACUGAUGAGAGAAAAAAAAAAAAAAAAAAAUUACGCCAGCAGCCAAAAUCCACUCUUUCAGGUCAAAUGGUUCAGUCGGACACAGCCUCUUUUUGAUAGGACAACUGAUGCGUUGGACAGCACAAGAGUUGGCAGUGUUGUAGCCUUGUGCUCAAAAGAAAGGCAGUGUCCAGAGCCAUAUAUACUGUACAUAGUUCUUUCUACAGUAUAUGCCUCUGGUAGUGUUCUGAUCAGAAUGUAGCAAUUAAUAUGUGAAGGCUUGAGGCUUUAAAAGUGCAAUUUAACCCCUCCACAAAGCUUUGAUCGUGGCCUUGCCACAAGCCUUAUCUCUGAUGUGUGCAACAGGAGCAAGCUGAAAAGUUGAACAAAGUUACAAAACAAAUCACCAAGCAACAGAUAGAAGUUACCAGGCAAAGUAUAAACAUAAAUCACCAAUCAAACUCUGAAGUCACUACUGCUCAAUGUUCUUUCAACUUGGCUAUCCUAUUACUCAGCAUACACUGUAUGUAAAAAUGUUUUGUGCAAUCACAAGUUUAAGUCUGAUGUUUUUCUUUUCUUUUUUAAUUAUUUGAUGUUUAAAGCUUGAUUUUUUUUUUUUUAUGCUGCUAUUGUCUGAGGUGAUUCCACUGUACAGUUAAUUCUAUACACAUAAGAUGGUACGUAGAAGAACAACCUCUUCAAAUUAAAAUAACAAAUGAGACGCUCACAAAGCAGUGUUAUUGCCUUGUUGAAAUGUUGUGAAUUUUUAUUUCCCAGGUUGCUUUAGAUGACAGCCUUUUUUUUGUUGUUUUCAUUUUCUUUCCAGUUAUAUAUAUAUAUAUAUAUAUAUAUAUAUAUAUAUAUAUAUUGCAAAAUUUCAAAUGAUACUUGAUGCGGGAGAUUUGCACAACAUAUAGUCUCCCUUAAUUCUAACCUGUGUUUAAGAGUUUCCUACAUUGUAUAUAGUGGGUUUCACCGCCUGUACUUUUUUAUCACUGACAAGCAUGGCCAACUUUUCAUGUUCCACAAAGCAAAGAUAAACAAUACAGCUACUAUGGUUAGAAAUUUCACAUUUCCACAACACAUUUGAGAGGUUUCAGCACCCCAAUCCUGCCAAGCUGUGAAUUGUACAGUUUUCUUGUAGUUUAUAUUUGUACAUUUUGUUUGUUUGACUGUUUAGGGGUGUUGGUUGGCGGUGGUGGAGGGGUUGCUUUGAUGUAUAUUAUUCCAUCAAUUCGGUUUGAAUUGGACUUUUAUAGGAUAUUAUGCAGAGUCUUCUGCUUUGGUGAAAUACUUCCAGUAGUAAGAGAUUUCUGUUCUCUGUCACUUGUACCUGGUAUGUUUUGUUCCACCUCCCUCGCUGCUAACUCAUGGGGAGCAGAGGAGGGAGUAACUAUUGUCGCCAUAUUCAUUUUGGAUGCAGUGAUCGACGGGAGAAGAUGAAAUGCAGAGAGGAAGGUGCAGUCCUCUUAACGCUUCCCUUCUCUGCUCAUCUCACUUCUCUCCGGACAACAUUGCCCCCUGGUGAAUAUGCUGAUUGUCAAAGGCUUGUAUUUAAACUGUGGGAUUGCUUCUGCCUGCUGUAUGUCCCACUGCAUUACCCCACCCUACCCUGCUGCACUCAAAAGAAUCACAGACUGUAUGUUGAGAGAGAUAAUAAAUAUUAUUUUGUGCUUGAA